AUGUCUUCAUCAAUUAGUGAUAAGGAUAGUGAUAGUGAGGAAUUCUCGAUACUUGAUAUAAUAGGAAACCAGGAUAUCCCAAAUACUAAAAAAUACAAAUCAAAAGCCCACACCGUUGAUACGGAAGACCCAUCUCAAGCAACAUCCAAUAAAACCCAUCAGGGUAGCCAUAUAUUUUCUCAGGAACCAAAAGAUGAAUUUGAUAUAGAAUUGCCAACUAUUUUUCUUACUGAUGCUAAGAAGAACGAAGAAUUGGCCAUAAAGAAUGCCAAAAUACGAGCAGAGUUGAUUGAAGAUGAGAUUCAUAUGCAACAGGAAUACAAACUAUUGCAACAAAGAAAACAAGAAAUUAUUGACGAGCUAAAUGAUAAUGGGGUGAUUGGGCAAAACUUUAGUUUGAGUGAUGACAGAGAUAAUCAAUUUGUUGAACGUUUGCUUCAAAGUGAUUUGAAAGGUUCUAAAACUGAUAACCUUACUCAACGGCAUUUCUACUUAUAUUCAAAUCCUCCUUUUCAAAUUGAUUUGAAUACGAAGUUGCCAUUUCCCGUUAGCAUCAGCACCCUCUGCAACGAGCUACAACCUGGUAACUAUGAAAAUUUGUAUCUGAAUAUCAGUUCAUUCUUUACCCAACUCGUUAAUUACGUAUUAGCAAAUGUUCAAGACUUGAAUUGCUUGGUUCUUUUUAGCAGAUUUAUGGAAUUUCUUUAUAAAUCAAGCAUUAUUAGUUCAGACAGUAUUACGGAAAAGGAAUUUGUGAAUUACGUCAAAACCAUCGGAGGUGAGAUAAAGUAUAUCAUGCCUAACUCAGAUCUCCAAAUGCCGCUUAAGCUAGUCCAUUAUAACACUCAAUAUAGACUUACUACUGUGAGACUAUCAAUUAUUUUUCAUUACACUCUUUUCGCUGCAAAGAAUGUCCAUGCGGCAACACAAGAGAUACUCUACAAGACGAUGUUGAAGACAUUUAUACUAUCGCUAUGUGAUUUUAAUCUAAAUGAUGGUAAUGUCGAUGAGUUAAUAACCAACUUCGUGACUCCUGUAUUUAUCAAUAUUGUUAAUUGGAGGCGGGGUGAGCUUAUGAAGCAACAACAAGAUAAAACCACCCCAGAAGAAAUAUACGUAGUUCACGAUCUUAUAUUAUCAGAAAUUAAUGAAACCAUAAAGAGUGAAUUACAUACGUGUCUUUAUAAAGACCGAGAAGAUCGUAAAACAGAUAAGCCAAAAUUUAGGAAAAUUGACUAUGAGUUGCACUACAACAUUUUAAGGCUACUAAAUUUAUCAACACGUUUCAAUUCGGAACCCUUUUGUAUGAGACUUGUCACUAGCUUGAGCUUAACUUUCAUGGCCGAUUCUGACUAUACUCUUUGUGAUUUAUACAAUCGAGAGCCUACAUUAGAGGAAUUAAACUUUGGAACCUGCAAUUUCACUCCCUCGUUCAAAUUUGUUAUAUCAAUCCUAAAUAAGCUGAAUGCCUUGAACAUAACCGAAUGUCUUGAUUCAAAUGAAAUUGAACAAAUCAACUUGAUAUAUAAAAAUUAUUACAAGCUGUUGUUAUUCAACUUUGUUGUUUUUAAAACCUUCCAUUCAAAUCUGAAUACUGUGCAAAACAAACAGGAUUUCGAAAGAAUAAAGCUGUCUAAUUAUUUGAAUCUCAGGCAAUUCGCUAUUACCAUUAAUAAAUUAAAAGGCAAUGUCCAUAGGCAAUUAGGUGAAUUAUCCAAUAUUUCGCUGAUAAGCCAAUCGUCACCUUAUAAAGAUGAUGUCAUACAUAUAAUCACUGAAUAUUACCAUUUGUUGCACUAUCUCGCUACUAAGUGUGACAAAGAUAUGAUGUUAAUCCACAAGGAUACAUUCUACGACGACAAACCUCUCCAAUAA